UCUGUCACCGACACAUGUAGAGCACAAGCGACGAGCGACGGCGAGAUAUCAGCGCGGAGGACGGUUACGAACAGAGGCGCUCUCUUCAUCUAUGGAAAUUACGGAAGACAUUCCCGAACGCUCGUGUAACAAAACCGCUGCCCAUCUUUCCAGUGAAAACCAGACCAUCUGAAAAGGUGACGGCAAACGUGGAAAUACAAUCUGAAAACUCCAUUUGCUCCACUUUUUCGCAGCAGUGAGAAGUAACGCACGCGCUCCGUCUGUGAGUUUGUUGGACUGUGCGCGAUUUUUUUUAUUGUCUACUGACAAAACAGACUGCUAUACAUUUUUCAUUAACCUUUCAACCAUUGCAUUUCAAAUAGACACAAUGGUGAACCCUGGAGGAAGUGCCCAGCCCCCACCUGUUGGAGCGGGAUCUCUGUCGUGGAAGCGCUGCGCGGGAUGUGGGGGAAAGAUCGCCGACCGUUUUCUCCUGUAUGCCAUGGACAGCUAUUGGCACAGCCGCUGUCUGAAAUGUUCCUGCUGCCAGGCCCAGCUCGGAGAGAUCGGCACAUCCUGCUACACCAAGAGUGGCAUGAUCCUAUGUAGAAACGACUACAUCAGGUUAUUUGGGAACAGUGGGGCGUGCAGCGCAUGUGGUCAGUCCAUCCCAGCCAGUGAACUGGUUAUGAGGGCACAGGGAAACGUGUACCAUCUCAAGUGUUUCACAUGUUCUACCUGCCGGAACCGGCUGGUCCCUGGUGACAGGUUUCACUACAUCAACGGCAGCUUGUUCUGUGAACACGACAGACCCACAGCACUCAUCAACGGCCAUUUGAGUUCACUGCAGACCAACCCUCUACUGCCUGACCAGAAAGUGUGUUAGGAUGCCGGUGUUGCUCAAAACAGGAUGUGUGCCUUCAUUUCAGCCCCUCGCUCAUUGUCACCGAAAACCUUUUCAGAUCGGACCCCAUCCCACUCCUUUUCUCGAAGUUCCACUCUCCCCGAACCAGAGCGCCAAUCUCAGGCUUGAGCUCCACCUUGACCUGCAAUAGUCAGAGCCCCCCCUUUCCCGCCCUUCACUCCAAACUCCUGAAUCAUGGAUGGAAAAUACCCAUGAGGCCCUGGAGGGGGAAUACUGAGGACUCUAUGAACUGACCCAGGUGAGACCUCUGAUCCCGAGGGACUCAAAGACUGACACAGAGAGAGACCAGCUGGAGGACGUUGUUUUGCGGUAGAAAAACAACAAAACAGACAGAAAGGGUGAAAUUAAAAUGACAAAUGAAGCUGAUCAACUGCAGCGAUUUUUGAAUCUGCUUUUCAUAACACUUGUUUGAAAAUGUAGUGGGGGAAUACUGACUUUCUUUUUUCCUUUAUAUUUUUGUCCUACCUUGUCUAUUCUCAUUUUCUUCACAACAUGGUAUCUUCUCUUUCUAUAUUUUAGAUGUUGUAAAGGGAAUGUGUUUCAUUUCGGAUGAUAUAAAGAUCCCCAAGACUGGGUUCAAAGAAGUAUCCGUGGCUUUUUUGUGGAAAUCGAAUCAUGAACACUCUUGGUGUAUUUGUAAAACUACCAUGUACAGUAUGUAUGCAUGUAAAUGUUUUUGUCCCGUUGUGGCUACCGUACAUACUACACACCGCAGCUAACCCUGUUCCCUUUUCCCUCCAACCUGAAAUCACGCAACAAACAAAAAAUGAAGCUCAUAGCUGUCGACCUAUAAAUGCAGAAUGAGAGAGAAUUCUAUUUGUGAUAUUUUCAGAGACGUUUGCUCCAAUAUGGUGUAUUUAAUUAAUAAAAAAUGAGAUUAAAAACAUCCCUUUUUUUAAUCCAA